UCUUGAUCAGCCAGUAGUGGCAAUUUCCAUGCUGAACACGGACUCCUCUAAACUGGUCAAACCCGGGUCUUCGAUCUGAGCUGCCCGCCCGGCGAAGAUGGAGUACGAGAACAAGCUCGUCCUCGCUCCCAUGGUUCGCGUUGGAACGCUACCGUUCAGAUUACUAGCCGCUCAGUAUGGUGCUGAUAUCACAUACGGGGAAGAGAUUAUUGACCAUAAAUUAGUCAAAUGCGAGCGAAGAGUGAAUGAAUGUGUUGGGUGUAUUGAUUUUGUCGAGAAGGGGACAGAGAAUGUUGUUUUCCGUACAUGCAACCAAGAAAGAAACCAGGUGGUAUUUCAGAUUGGCACUUCUGAUGCUGUGAGAGCUCUCACUGCUGCUCAAAUAGUCUGUAAAGAUGUAGCAGCAGUGGAUAUCAAUAUGGGUUGCCCUAAGUCAUUUUCCAUUAGUGGGGGCAUGGGUGCUGCACUAUUGACUAAACCAGAGCUAAUUCAUGAUAUUCUGACGACAUUAAGGAGGAACUUGGAGAUACCAGUUACAUGUAAGAUUAGACUUUUAAGAUCACCUCAGGAUACCGUAGAACUAGCGAGGCGAAUUGAGAAAACUGGUGUUUCUGCUCUUGCUGUCCAUGGCAGAAGGGUUGCUGAUAGGCCCAGGGAUCCAGCCAAGUGGGAUGAAAUUGCUGAUGUCGUAGCAGCCUUAUCCAUUCCAGUUAUAGCAAAUGGCGAUGUCUUCAAGUAUGAUGAUUUUCAAUGCAUAAAAGAUGCUACAGGUGCUUCAUCGGUGAUGGUUGCCAGAGGAGCUCUUUGGAAUGCUUCAAUUUUCUCUCCCCUAGGCAAAGUACCAUGGGAAGAUGUGAAAAGAGAAUAUAUUAGGAAGAGCAUCUUUUGGGAUAAUGACAUUAAAAGCACAAAGCACACGUUGAAGGAAAUGAUCAUGCAUUAUUCUUCCCUUGAACUCCCGGAGGGAAAAGCUGUGAUCAAAUCAGAAUCCUUGGCAGAUUUAGCGAAACUUUAUGGGGUGGCGAGCUACUAUCAGUUUGUCAAUGAAAAUAGAUUCUUGGUCAAUGGGAUUAGAUGAAUUUUUGUGGUUUUUUUCAAGAGUUUUUUCUGUCGACAAAAUGAAGACAAGCA